CGAAGAGGAUUCUUAGAAUUCUAAAGCGUGUGAAGAGUGUUUUUGUUGUUUCCCGCAAAAACCUACGUCUGCCUCAAAGGAAACCAGCAAGUACAAAUCACCCAAAUCAAACCGGCAGAUUCCUGGGGGGGGGGACCCGUGUCAGGGGAAUCCCCGUCAAAAUAAGACGGCCGAGUCCCCGCCUCCUGGAGCACCAGGACCAGCAUGUGUAGGGGAAGAUCGCGUGAAGGAACGACGAAAAUGGCCAGGAGCUGUAUGAAUGCCCAAUGUGUCACCUUGUUUGUACUGAUUACCAAAUUCUGCAGGAACAUGUUGAUUUGCACUUGGAAGAAUGCACCUUUUUAGAAGUAGAAAGAAACUUGACUGACCUAGAAUUGGCACAGCAUCUCCAGAAUGAGGAAGACAGGCAAAGAAGAGCAGCAGCAGCAAAACAAGAAAGAGAAGAUUUCCAAAAGCUACAGAGGCAAUAUGGCUUGGAUGGCUCUGGAGGAUAUAAGCAGCAGUCACUUAAAAAUAUGGAAAAGGAAGUGGCUUUGGGGAGAAUGACCCCAUCUGACUAUCACAGGAGAAAAGCUGACAUGAUGGAAUCUCUGGCUUUUGGUAUUGAUGAUGGAAAGACAAAGACUUCGGGAAUUACUGAGGUACUGUGCCAGUACUACCAGAAUGAAUGUAAAGACAUAAAGCGUGUAUGGCUUUCUACAGGAGUAGAUCACUUCCAUUGUUCUUUAGGAGACAGAGGUUGGGGCUGCGGUUAUAGAAACUUCCAAAUGCUGCUUUCUUCCCUCUUGAGAAACAGUACCUAUGAAGAGUGCUUGAAAGAUAAUUCAUCAAUUCCAUGCAUUCCAAAAAUUCAGUCAUUGAUUGAAGAUGCUUGGAAAGAAGGCUUUGACCCACAAGGAGCUUCUCACUUCAACAGCAGAUUACAUGGAACUAAGGCAUGGAUAGGAGCAUGUGAAAUUUAUUCACUCUUAACUUCUCUCAGGAUUAAGUGUCAGGUCAUUGAUUUUCACCAGCCAACAGGCCCUGCAGGAACACAUCCUCGUUUGUUGGAGUGGGUUUUCAACUAUUACUCGGCAGACAAGGAGAACAGUGCAAAGGUUGUGUGUACUCCCAAGCCACCAAUAUACCUUCAGCACCAAGGUCAUAGUCGUACUAUUAUUGGAAUAGAAGAAAGGAAGAACAAAACUCUGUGCCUACUGAUGUUCGAUCCAGGUUGCCCCUCACAAGAGAUGCAAAAACUCUUAAAAGGCAUAGAUGGGAACAGUCUCAGAUUGCUUCGAAGAUAUGUGGGCAGCUUAAAACAUAAACAGUAUCAGCUCGUGGCCAUAGACGGUGUACUGUCAGCAGAGGAAAAAGUUACUCGUAGGCAGGCUUCUCAGCGCUUCGUGGCUCAGCGGAUUUCUUGAAAUUAUGAAUCCCGAAGAAUAUCAAGAAAGUUGCAGGAGAGAUUCUGGUGCAUUCACAGCUUCUUGAACAAUGUACAUAUACUUUUUAAGGACUUAAAAAUAAAUGUUGGGGGAAAUGACUUAUUGACCUGUGAUUUGUUAUACCAGAUUGAAGAAAGGUGCACUCCUAAAUUACCAAGUCAAUAUAGCAAACUAUUUUUAAAUAUUUAUAAAAGGCAACAAUACUGUGCUGCUCUUUUCAGUGUUUCAGAGAGAAAAAAUAUUUAUGUGCUAAUACAGAAUCAGCCAAAGUGUGGCACAUACUACAGUAUCUUAUACCUGACAUAUUCUAAAUUGGCUAACUCAGCCCUUAUACUAGAGGGGUACAGCAGGAAAUCCUCAAAAGGAAUAAAGGAAAAGAAUGGAUUUUUUGGCUUAGUGGGAUCCCUCACAACAGAACGUUUACUUUGGCUUGAAUUACAGCUGCCUCACUUCCCUUAAAUGCACAUUUUACCUCUGGUAUUAUAGGAUCCUGUAAGUACCUAGGCAAGCAGAGUAAGACUGUCAAGGGCUGUAAGAUCACAGGGCAGCUGAAAAGUUGGUGUCAACAUGUUGAUGCAGCCAGUAUUCCUACAACUCCUCAACUCACUUGGGUGCACAGUGUGUUUAGUUUUCCAAGGCACUUCAGACAAGAACAAAAAGUGCAGGGAUUUAACAAGCCAAGCUACAAGACCUGAAGUACUUUUCUUU